UGGGCUCUUUUCAGAUUCAUUGUCAAAGAUCUUCACUUAACCAUAAAGAAAACAUAUUUGGAAAGUAAGCCAUUACAAAAAGAAUGAAAAUAUUUCAACUGUUUCGAUUUCUUGUAAUUGUGACCUGCGUUUACCUUACAUAUGAGGAUAUGAAUAACUAUACAUCUCAAAAGAUGAAAAGAUGUGAUUUUUUAAACAAAACCACCACAAACAAGACAAUAUUCUUGAUGAUGGAUAGCGUGAAAAGUUUAAAUCACAAGGAGACAACAAAAGCUUCAGCAUAUCAGAAGAGUAAAUUUAUUGUCAGAGCUGCGGAGGAAAAUAAAAACGUCAGAGAAAAAAUCCCAAGAUUCCCAUCUUCUGAAGUCAUCAGUAUUAUUUCAAAUUCAUUUGGCUGCAUACCACAACAACAUCCACUGCUAUGUCCAAACAACUGCUUGGCUUUGAAAUACAGGCAUAUCACAGGUGUCUGCAACAACAGAAAUCAUCAAGCUUGGGGUGCUUCAAAUACUCUUUUGGCUCGCUGGCUUCCUUCAGAAUAUGAAGAUGGAAUAAGUGAACCAAAGGGCUGGAAUCCCCAAUUUCUUUAUAAUGGAUUUCAUCUCCCUCCAGUUCGAGAAGUCUCUAAAAAAAUUAUUCAUGCAUCCAACAAUGCCUCCAAGCAUGAUGAUUUAUAUUCUCAUAUAAUAAUUGAAUGGGGACAAUAUAUAGACCAUGAUGUUGCCUUUACACCACAAAGUAUAAGUCGAACCUCACUCACAAUGAUCUGGCAGGCAGACUGCAAAACUACAUGUGAGAAUCAACCUCCGUGCUAUCCUAUAAAGGUAUCUGCAAAUGACUCUUUAUCCCAAGGUGGCUGUGUCCCAUUUUAUCGUUCAUCUUCUGCAUGUGGCACUGGCAAUCAAGGUGUAAUGUAUGGAAACCCAUCUGUGUUAAACCCAAGGGAACAAAUAAAUGGUUUAACAUCAUUUAUAGAUGCAUCAACAGUCUAUGGUAGCACUGAAGCAAUGCAAACAAAACUGAGAAAUCUCUCCAGUGAAGAAGGUCUUCUAAAAGUGAAUAUGAAAUAUUCUGAUCACGGACGAGUAUAUAUGCCUUUUGUAGAUGAUAUACCAUCACCUUGUAUACAAGAGUCACCAUCAGAUAAUUCGGAAAGAAUUGAAUGCUUCCUUGCAGGAGAAAGUAGGUCUAAUGAAGUUAUAUCCUUGGCAGCAAUACAUACAUUAUGGUUACGAGAGCACAAUCGUAUAGCUAAAGUAUUGAAACAAUUAAAUCCCCACUGGAAUUCUGAAACAACGUAUCAGGAAGCUCGUAAAAUUGUUGGUGCUGUUCAUCAGGUUAUCACUGUUCGAGACUAUAUUCCAAAAAUUUUGGGACCGCAAGCUUUUGAUCAGUACAUUGGAGAAUACAAAAAAUAUAACGAUACAGUGAAUCCAUCUAUAUCAAAUAUAUUUACAACCGCUGCAUUUCGCUUUGGCCAUGCAACAAUUCCACCUGUUGUGGACAGAUUAGAUUCUAAAUAUAAAGAUCACCCUUUAUACCCAAACCUGCUUUUGAAUGAGGUAUUUUUUCGCCCCUGGAGAAUUAUAAAAGAAGGUGGACUGGAUCCAUUAUUCAGAGGAAUGAUUGGAAAAUCUGCAAAGAUGCAGACUCAACAAGAGAUGAUGAAUGAGGAAUUAACAGAAAAACUUCAAGUGCUCUCAAAUAAUGGUUUGAUGGAUUUGGCAUCUUUAAAUCUGCAGAGGGGUCGUGACCAUGGUCUACCAGGUUAUAAUGAGUGGAGAGAGUUCUGUGGUUUACCAAGGUUGAAAACACUAUCAGAUAUGAAAACAGCAAUCUCCAAUCGAAAUCUAACAAGAAAGAUGAUAGAUCUAUAUGGACACCCAGACAAUAUUGAUGUUUUUCUAGGCGGUUUAGCAGAAGAUUUCCUUCCAGAAGCGAGAAUUGGACCUUUAUUUGCAUGUUUGAUUGGAAAGCAACUAAAGGCUUUGCGAGACGGAGACAGGUUUUGGUAUGAAAAUGAGAAGGUUUUUACGGAGAGCCAGAGAGCUGAGCUUAAGAAACAUUCUCUGUCACGUGUGAUUUGUGAUAACACAGGCCUCACUCAUGUGCCCCUAGAUGUCUUUAAAAUGGGGACAUAUCCAGAUGAUUACAUAUCGUGUGACAUAUUACCUGGCAUGAACCUACAAGCCUGGAAGGUAACUUCAGAGAAAGGUAGAUCCUGUAGUCUUCCAAAGAAAAUAGAAAAUGGCGACUUUGUGUUUUGUUCAGAGUAUGUUGUAAUUUAUAUCUGUCACAAUGGUUACCAUUUAGAAGGGUACGAAGAAUUAACCUGUAAAGGAAAUCACUGGAGUUCCCAGUCACCAUUUUGUUCAGAUAUAAAUGAAUGUGAAGAACAUCUAAACCCUCCGUGCCAUUCAUCUGCAACUUGCAAAAACACACCGGGCAGCUAUCAGUGUUUGUGUACAGACCCAUAUCAACUAGGAGAAGACAAGAGGACGUGUGUAGAUUCUGGAAGACUUUCAAGAGGAUCAAUAGCAUCUUUUAUCCUGGUUGCAAUUUUGUUUAUAUCCUGGUCAGCUAUGAGCUGGAUGUUAGUAUUCAAAGGAGAGACCUUGUUUAACACAUCCAUGGAAUCUCACAGUUUAAAUAACAUGAAAAAGCCCUCGGUAAAAGUUGGUUGCACCUCAUGUGAUGAAAACUAUACGUCACAAGCCUUUACUUCUGAACAAGCCCAUAAGGACAAGGUCAAUGGACAACACCUUUCACUGCAUGCGUAAUACAGAGAUAAAAGUUAAAACUGACUUCUCCUGUUUUUUCUGAAAAAAGAACCAAUGAUAUUGUCAACAAAGUAACCUGAAAAUGAUGGCAUUAAUUAUACCAUGAAAAGACAUUACAAACGAGAAUAUCUUCCAUCUCGUUACAGAGUAACUAGGUUUUCGUAUUCUAAUUUAUAUCUCCUAAGAGUUUAAACAAUUUAUGUCACGUGUGACAAAAACUAAACAAAUGUUGCUUCAGUUCAUUAAUUUGCACAUUUUGUAACACUGGUUCUUCUAGAUUUCUUACAUGGAGUUCGUUUAUCAUUUUCUAUGAGUCACCACUUUUAUGUUAGAUUAAUACUUUUUGGGUUUUGGAUGAUCUGAUAAGAAAAUUGUUGAUUUAUAUUUAUCUGU